AGGACCAGAAGCAAAAUGAAGAAGAAUAAAGAAUCAAAACCAGAACCCUAAACCUCUCUUUCCUUUCCUCUUUCUUCCCUUUACUUAACCCUUAAGUCUUCUCUUCUUCUCCUCCUUCCUUCCUCCUCCUCCUCUUAUUAUUCCCCUUAACGCAGAAACAGACAUUUUUAACCCAUUUAAAAAGUACUUCUGUACAUUUUCUUUCUCUUCUUCAAUGGCAGAAACAGCCUCCUAUACCAAGCACCGAACAACAGUCAAAGACCAAAUUCAACCAAACCCAAGUAAGUUUUACAAUGCUAACUUUCUCUGCAAAGGGUUUCUUAUUAUAAUCUUCUUAGUUAUACUCCCUCUGUUCCCCUCUCAAGCCCCUGAAUUCAUCAACCAAACUUUACUCACACGGAGCUGGGAGCUUCUCCACCUUCUUUUCGUCGGAAUAGCUGUCUCCUACGGGCUGUUCAGCCGGCGAAACGACGAUUCUCAGAAGGAAAACAACCACUCCAAGUUCGAUAAUGCUCAGUCGUACGUGUCUAGAUUUCUUCAGGUAUCCUCUGUUUUUGAUGAAGAGAAUGAAAAUUUAUCUGGGUGUGAUGAGAACAAGGUACAAACAUGGAGUAACCAAUAUUAUAGGAAUGAUCCUGUUGUUGUUCUUGAGGAACAGAGAGCUACUAGUUUUAGAAAAGGGGAGAAGCCUUUGCUUUUACCUGUCAGAAGCUUGAAAUCGCGUGUUUUAGACGCGGAUGUUUCAGAAACUAGCAGAGAAUCUAAUCUUUCAUCUUCUUGUAUUAGUAGGUCUAAUUCUAAUUUAGGGUCUAAAAGUUUUUCCAGCAAUUCAAGUAAAGAUAAAGGAGGGGAUUUAGGAGGUGGUGAUUAUGGGAAUGUGGAGAAGAGAGGUAGUGAAAAUGUUGUGCUUCCUUCACCAAUUCCAUGGAGAUCAAGAUCAGGAAGAAUGGAAGUGAAGGAAGAUAUUAUUAACUGCUCUCGUCUGCAUACUCAACUUUCUCCAAUGGCGGAAACUGGGUUUGACAGGCUUGAAUCUGGAUCAAUUAAGCCUCAAUUCUUCAUGAAAAUUUCUCUUUCUCCAUCUUCCUCCAAGAAGUUAUCUCCCUCUUUGUCAAUGGAAUCACAAGGCAAGACUGCUGAGGAUUCAGUGAGGAAAAAGAGCUUUUACAGGUCAUCUCCAGCCCCCCCUCCUCCUCCUCCUCCUCCACCUCCACCAUUCAUGGUUAACAAGUCUGUUGAACGUCUAUCAAUGGGGAACUCAACUAGGACAGUUAAACCAAGUGACUCGGCCAUUGCAGGAAGAAAAUACAGAGAUGAUGAAGAUGAAUUCAGUGGUAUAGCCGAAGAAAGAAUGAAGGAAACUAAUCAAUCCGCUAGGAAAACAGUGCGAUUCAGUCAAACAUCGUACAAAACCGAAGAGUUGAAUCCGGGUUUUAUCCCAAAUAAGAAAUUCAUGGAAUUUCCAGAAGAAGAGAAUCAAGAGUUCCUAGAGAAAGCAACCAUGGAAACCGAUGAUGACUUGGUAACAGAAGAUGAUGAUGAAGAGGACGAAGACAAUGAAGACGAUACCAGAGCAAGUUACUUUGCUUCCCGUAUGGUAGGAAGCAGCUCAAACCAGGAAGAAAGAGGUUCAAAAAAUGUGAGUGAUGGAGGCCCAGAUGUGGACAAGAAGGCUGAUGAAUUCAUAGCAAAAUUCAGAGAACAAAUCAGGCUGCAACGAAUCGAAUCAAUCAAGAGAUCAAGUGAUCAGAUUAGUAAAAAAUCUUUGAGGUAGAAAUCUUGAAGAUUCUUCCUUAAUCUUGAAAACAAAAAGGUUUUUUAUUUGAAUAGUAACAGGAUUUGGUGUUUGAAACCGUUUGUUUUCUCUUGAUGUGCUUACAGAUUUAUUAUGAAUACCAAACACUAAGGCCAAUGUAUAGAAAGAAAGACACCAUGUUUCUACUCUCUCUUUCAACUUGCUGUCUUUGCCUUUACAUUCUUGUAAUGGAAAAGAUUGGUUUUUUUCUUAA